GGGCAGGGCGGCCGGGGCCCGACGAGGGCGGGCGACCGCCCACCUCCGCGCCCACCCUGCCGGGCUUCGGCGAUGGCCGCCUCGAGCGGUUCCGAGCAGGCCAGCGUGUCGCAGGUGGCCGAGAUCAUCGGCUCGGACGCUGAGGCCGCGCGGCGGCUGCUCGAGGCCACCGACUGGAACGUGGAGGGCGCCGUCGCGUUGCACUUCGUGUCAUGCGAGGCGGGCGGCCCCGAGGCCGGCCCCGCCGCCGCGGCCCCCGCCACCGCGGAGGCGGCCGCGCCGGAGCCGCCGAGGCGGCAGGCCGAGGAGGGCACGGGCGGUGACGACGAGGACGAGCUGGUGGUGCCGCCGGAGCCGCCCGGGACGCUGGGCUUCCUCGGCUGCGCGCUCACGGGCCUCCGGCAGGCCGUGAUGGGCGUGGCCUCCGAGGACUUUGGUGAUUGGUUCGAGAGCCGCUACGGCAAACCGGCCCCGCCCUUCAGCAAGGACUGCUUCGGCGACGCCGUCAAGGCCCGCGGCCCCGCCGCGGCGCGCCGCCGCGGCGCGGCGUGCCGCGCGGUGCCGGCUGGUAUCAUAUUCGACGCGAGAUUCCCAGUGCCGCACUCGGACACGAACGCCAUCAUGGACCAUAUCGAGAAUGAGAGUUACCCCGGCCACGACAAUAUGCACCACAUCAAGACGGGAGAGUUGCAGGGGCUCAAGCCGCGGUGGCACCGGCAGGACGCGGCCGCGGACGCAGGAGAGCUUGCUGCGGGGCUCUGCCAGCCUGCCCUCCCUGAGACAGGAGGCGCGGGGAGCCUGCUGUCCGAGCGGCCGCGUACCUCCCCGCUGCAGCAGCCGCAGCCCCUGUGCACGGUGACCGUGGGCGGCCGGCAAGUCCGCCACGAACUCGUGCAUGGGCGGGGGCUCGGGCCGGCAUCCGUGAAGCGGUUGCCCUUCUGCGCCUACGACCCGGGGACGAAGGCGUAUGGCGCCCUCGCCGACGGCGACCUGCCGCCGCUGGAGGAGGUGCUGGACUCCUUCUUCUCGGAGCUGGGCCUGUCCUUGCCGGACAAGGCCGCGAAGGACCUGGAGGGGGCGAGCCGGUGCUCCGAGGCCAAGUACAGGCCCUACCGCAAGGGCCCGAGGCUGCCUCUCCGCCGGCACUUGCACGCUGGCACCUGCAUGCCGGACCUGCUGGCGGCCGACCGGCGGGCCCUCCAGGCCCACGCUGGCCCCACGAAUUCGUGA